AUGAAGUUAAAACUCCCCAAUCCAGGCCUGGAGGACAGGAUAUUGUCCCAUGAGCAGCUGGACAAGCUGGAGGAAGAAGAGGCUGGAGACAGACCGAAAUGGGACAACAAGGCCCAGUACAUGCUGACCUGUGUGGGGUUUUGUGUGGGACUUGGAAAUGUUUGGCGGUUCCCCUACCUGUGUCAGAGUCAUGGGGGAGGUGCAUUUAUGAUCCCAUUUCUGAUCCUGCUGGUUCUGGAAGGAAUCCCACUUCUACAUCUUGAGUUUGCCAUCGGCCAACGGUUGAGAAGAGGCAGUUUGGGAGUGUGGGCGACAGUUCAUCCCUAUCUGACUGGCAUUGGUAUUGCAUCCAUGUGCGUAUCUCUGACGAUCAGUCUCUACUACAACACCAUUAUUGCCUGGAUUCUGUGGUACUUCUUCAACUCAUUUCAACAGCCCCUGCCUUGGAGUCAAUGCCCCAUAAAUGCCAAUUUAACAGGCGUUGUCUCAGAGUGUGAGAGGAGCUCCCCUGUGGAUUAUUUCUGGUACAGGGAGACCCUGAACACAACUCCAACGAUUGAAGAUGAUGGUGGCCUGCAGUGGUGGAUACUGUUAUGUCAUAUUUGUGCAUGGGGUCUGCUCUACAUCUGCAUUAUUCGUGGUAUUGAGACCACUGGAAAGGCUGUGUAUGUGACUUCAACCCUUCCAUACGUGGUGCUGACAAUAUUUCUGAUCAGAGGGUUGACCUUGAAGGGCUCUUUGAAUGGAGUUAAGUUUCUCUUCACACCAGAUUUAACAGAGCUGGCAAAGCCAACGACAUGGCUCGAUGCGGGUGCUCAAGUUUUCUAUUCCUUCUCGCUGGCUUUUGGUGGUCUUAUUUCUUUCUCCAGCUACAACUCAGUGCAUAACAACUGUGAACAGGAUGCAGUAAUCAUCUCUUCCAUCAACGGUAUCACCUCUGUCUAUGCUGCAACAGUCAUUUACACCAUUAUUGGCUUCAGAGCAACAGAGAGAUUUGACAGCUGUCUUUCUGGAAACAUCCUAUCAUUAUUAAAUAAGUUUGAGCUCCCUGAAGGCGCCAUCACUGACAGCAACUAUGAUGAGGUUCUUCAACGUCUUAGUGAAACUAACCCUGGUGUUAUUCAAGAGCUGGAUUUAAGGGCCUGUGACUUAAAUACUUUUCUCAGUGAGGGAGUUGAAGGAACUGGUUUGGCCUUCAUUGUGUUCACUGAGGCCAUCACCAAGAUGCCUCUCUCACCGCUGUGGGCCGUCCUUUUCUUUAUAAUGCUCUUCUGUCUCGGCCUGUCUUCUAUGUUUGGUAACAUAGAAGGAGUUCUAGUGCCACUGCAAGACCUCAAAGUUUUCCCCAAGAAAUGGCCAAAGGAGGCUGUCACUGGUGUGACAUGCAUAUUCUGCUGUCUGGUGGGUCUGAUUUUUAUCCAAGGCUCAGGGAACUAUUGGCUUUCACUCUUUGACACCUAUGGAGGAUCCAUCCCUUUGCUAGUUGUUGCUUUUUUCGAGAUCUCUGUGGUUUACAUAUAUGGGAUAGACAGGUUCAAUGAUGAUAUCAAGUUCAUGAUUGGACACAAACCCAACAUCUUCUGGCAGGCAACAUGGAGAGUCAUCAGCCCACUCAUUAUGUUUUUCAUCUUGGUCUUUUACUUCAUCACUAAAGUUUCUGAAAAUAUCUUUUAUAAAGCCUGGAAUCCUGAAUCGGAUAAUUUCCCUACACUUGAAGAAAAACCAUAUCCAGUCUGGAUCUAUGUGAUCAUCUUUAUAUUAGCAGGGAUACCCAGUAUUGCUGUGCCUUUUUUUGCUCUCUGGAAUUUUUUAAAGGCAAAGAGGAGGGAUAGGUCACAACCCGAUAAUAUCUCUGACCAAAUUCAAAUGAACAACGAAAGCAAAAAAUCCCUACACUAAAAUUCUACAAAAAUCCCAAAUUUUCUCUUUUUUUCCCCAGUAACAAUAAAGUGAUUACUUUGGGUUAACUGACACAAUUUUAAAAUAGGAGAUUUACUGAACAGAAGUCCUUGUGUCCUCAGCCACC